AUGAACAUCGCCUUCGUAGGCUGCGGCUUCGUCGCCGCAUACUAUGCCGACACGCUCGCGAAUCACCCCGAGCUUCAUCCCCUAGCAGCAUACGACAUCGACACUACCCGCCUUUCAGCAUUCUCAAAACACUACAACAUCCCCGCCGCAACCUCCCUGCAAGAAAUCUUGUCCAACCCAUCCAUACAGACCAUAGUAAACCUCACGCCCCCGGCCACCCACCACUCCAUCUCCCGCUCAGCCCUCCUCGCUGGGAAGCACGUCUACUCUGAAAAGCCGCUCGCCAUCAAACCCACCGAUGCGAAGGACCUAAUCACCAUCGCGUCCCAGCAAAACCGCAUCCUGGCAGUAGCACCGUGCAACUUCCUCGGCCGCUCAAUGCAGACCCUCGCACGGCUCGUCACGCGGGAGAACGCGAUCGGCAUCCCGCGGGUGGUGUACGCGGAACUCGACGACGGGCCGAUUCACAAGCUCCCCCAUCACACCUGGUCCAGCGGCGCGGGGUGCUCCUGGCCAGCGGAAACGGAGUUCAGGGUAGGCUGCAUAUGGGAGCAUGCUGCUUAUGAGGUUGGGUUUCUCACGAGCAUCUUCGGGCCCGCGACCAGUUUGACGUCGUUCUCGCACACUUUGGUUCCGGAGAAGAUGGACGCCGUUCCAGCCCCCGAAGUCGGUCCGGAUUUCAGCGUCGCUGUGUUGAAAUUUAGGAGUGGUGUGGUGGCGCGGCUGACGAUCGGUACCGUUUCAAGGAGGAAUCGCUCGAUGACUAUCACCGGGGAUAAAGGCAUCCUGCAUGUCCCUGAGGUAUGGGACUUUGAUGCACCUGUCCAGUUCACGCGCGCGCGAGGUUCAGAGGAGAGUCCUGAGUCGCCGCUGCUGCUGCCCGCUGUCACGACGAAGACAACCAACGGGACACAUACCAAUGGCGUGUCAGCGCCAUCGUCAGAACGAGGCAUACAGAUCGACACACCGGCUGAAACGCCGCCGGUGUAUGCUGGUGGCGGCGCGUGCAAGAUGGAUAUGGCGCUCGGUCUCGCGGAACUGGCUGCCGCUAUCAAGCAAGGGCGCCGGCCGAGGAUGGGUGCGGACCACGCGUUUCAUGUAUAUGAGGUCUUGCAAGCGCUGAAUGAUUCGGUUGCCGCACCGGGCUACAGGGAGAUCAAGUCAGAGUUUGCGCCGAUUGAGCUGAUGCCGGCUGCAAAGACUGUUACUGCUUUUGCCGGCAGUGGUAAUGAGCCUCUACGCUGUGAACUUCGCCCGACGGCGCUCGACAGGCCGCCGCUCUAUGAAGCGCUUUCGUACGUCUGGGGCAGCAGUGCAGACCUCGGCGACAUCGAAGUCGUUAGCCAGCGGCGGGGUCGCCAACAAGACGAGCAUGAUGCUCCCUCGUCGCCGUCUCUGCGGCUCGCAAUCACACAGAGUGUCAUGGCCAUCCUCCACCUUCUUCGUCUGCAGGCUGACACGCGGACACUGUGGAUUGAUCAGCUGUGCAUCAACCAGUCCGAUCCGGGAGAGAAGACCGCGCAGGUACAGAAAAUGUGCGACAUCUAUUCUAAGUGCGACCAAUGUCUCGUGUAUAUGGGCGCAUUCCUCCAGGACAAACGGGUCGACGCAGAAGGCGCGGUCGCCGUUAUCAAGUACAUGGCAGCGUUCCAUCCCCAAGAGGGCAGCUCGACUCGUGCAGCUCCCGAGUGCAUGUCGUCCAGAGAGUCAUUCCAGGCCGCCAUGCAGGCGCUCGGUACCAUCAGCACUCGCGCGGGUCAAUGGUGGCACCGGGCCUGGACACUACAGGAGCUGAUCGUCCCAAAGUCGGUCAAAUUCUUCUCAGCAGAAGGGGAAGCACUGGGCAACAAAACAACGUUAGAGAUACUGCUCCACGAAUGUACAGGAGUCCCUGUUGAUGCUCUUCGGGGGAAACCUCUGGCUGACUUCAGCAUCAACGAGCGACUCUCUUGGCUGGGAAAGCGCAAGACCAAGCGUCCUGAAGACCUUGCGUACUGCAUGUUUGGCAUCUUCGAUGUUCACAUGCCACUUAUCUACAGCGAGGGGGAGGAGAAGGCAUUCCUCGGACUGAGACGAGAGAUUGGUCAGGACACGAUCAGCGAGGCAGCCAAGCAAUGCAUUGCCGACUUACGGGUUACCGAUCCUCGCCAUGAUAAGAGGCGCAUCGAGAGCAUGAAGGGCAGCCUACUCAGGGACUCCUACUUAUGGGUGCUUGACAACCCGGACUUUCGCCAGUGGCGCAACAAUGCCGACCAGCGACUACGCUGGGUCAAAGGCGAUCCGGGCAAGGGCAAGACCAUGCUACUUUGCGGAAUCAUCGACGAACUCGAGAGGAUGCGCACCGAGGGACAGACUCUAUCCUACUUCCUUUUCCAGGCCACAGACGAGCGCAUCAAUACCGCGAAGGCUGCAUUGCGCAGCUUAAUCUACAUGCUCCUCAAGAAGGACGCCUCCAUCAUUUCUCACAUGGAGAAGCCGCACGCAGCCGCCGGCAGAGACCUUUUCGAAGACACCAACGGCUGGCAGGCGCUAUGUGAAAUCUUCGAGAACAUUCUCCAAGAUCCCAAACUUCAGGGAGUUGUCCUUGUGGUCGACGCUCUUGACGAGUGUUUGCAAGAUCUGCCAGUGUUUCUCGACCUCGUGGUUAGAAUUUCGCGAACGACCAGAGCGAAAUGGCUCAUUUCAAGCCGUAAUUGGCCUCAAAUUGAGGAACCAUUAAGCGAAGUGGCGCACGGGCUCUCGCUUGAGGUCAAUGAAACUUCAGUUACAGAAGCCGUCAAUACGUACAUCGAGCACAAGGUGUCCGAGCUUUCACGACGGAAGGGUUACCGCGAUGACGUUGCCAAGGAAGUUUACCACUAUCUGUCAUCGAACGCAGCCGGUACCUUUCUCUGGGUUGCCUUGGAGAUCAUCAGCCUCUGCGGCUCGUUCCUCACUAUUCGUGAAGAUAAGGCAUACUUUGUCCACCAGGCGGCCAAGGACUUCUUGACGAAGUGGCAUACGGUUGUUCUUUUUCCCAACGGACAGCCAGCUGUUCACAGCCGGAUUCUCGAGAACUCAAUCGCGGCUAUGUCCAGCAUACUGAAGCGCGACAACUACAAUCUACACGAUCCAGGCUUCCCAAUCGAGAAAGUCAAACCGCCGACGCCUGACCCACUCUCGACAGUUAGGUAUUGCUGCGUCUACUGGGUCAAUCAUUUAGUGGAUGCCAUUACGGAUCAGGUUGAAAGCAGCAGCGCACGCGACGGCGGAAUAGCAGACAGCUUCUUGCGGAAUAAAGCUCUCUACUGGAUUGAGCGUUGA